GACGAACUUUUGGAAGGUGAGGAAGUUGCUACCUGCCCAAGUUGUUCCUUAGUUAUCAAAGUGAUAUAUGAUAAGGAAGCGUUUCAAAAAGAGCAGGCAGAAUUACAGUCGCUCCCAAACGAUUUGAAAAAAUCUCAAGUUGUUAAUUAAAAAUGAUUCGUGGUGGACGAGGCGGUAGAGGCGCAAAUAGAUCAUUUAAUAGAGAGCAACUAAGUGCUUUAGGUGUGGGUGGCAAUGAUGUUCUGCCAGUUCUUGUUACCCAACCACCUCCAUUAUUUCCUCUACUGGAACGUCAUCCAAUACCUUUGCUGACAUCUUUAGAAAUGGAUUACCUUCUCCUUUUAAAGCAAGAUUUAAUGGAUCAUAUGCAACUCUCACCCUGUUAUUUGAAAAUGCCAGAAAAUAAAAAAAGUCAACCCGAACAAGAAAUUGAUAAAUUAGUGGCUCAGUUACCAAAUGCUAAAGAAAAAUAUAAUUGGAAACUAUUGCCGGUUGAGUUGAGACCAAAAGUUCUAGCAAAACGGAUGAAAAAAAAGGACAUGCCACAGGAUGUGAAUGUUGAAGAGAAAUUGGAAGUUUUGGAAAAGAUGGAAGAAUCUGUCAAAGGAGAAACAGUAAAUGGCAAAGAAACAGAAGAAACAAUGGAUGCAGAAAUAGAGGAAGCUGAUGAUGAAGAUGAGGAAAUGGACGAUGGAACAGAUUAUGUGCAUAAUUACUUUGACAAUGGGGAGGCCUAUGAGGAUGAAGAUGAUAAUCUUGAUGAUGGUCCCAUUUAUUAAACUAUUUUUCGUAGAAUAGAUAUCUACUAUAAUAAAAGAACUAUUG